UUAAAAAUCCUAAUACCUCUUUUGUGGUAUUGGAUAUUAGAUAUUAUUACUUCAAUGUAAAGUAAGUUGUCAUGUUUUUUUAAUUCUUUCAUAGAGUUUUUUCUUGAGAUAUGUCUUCUAGUGCAUACACUGAGUCUGAUGAAUUUGAUGAGGACCUCAUGUCCGCUAGCAGCAUGGGAGAAGAAGAGGCGGCUGCUCUUAUGAGAGACCUGGAGCAGUCCGUGAGUUUUUCCAUCAGUAUCCUCCCAGAAGGUUUGAGCGAGGAAAAGCUCGUAAUUGAACUCGCUUCUGUCCUCCUCGGCCUGACGAGUGAAGACCCAGAGAUCAAAUUGAAGGCUCUCCAGAACUUCUUCAGGAACCUCACAGGGGUCAAGGCUGAUCCAUGUGGACAGCUGCCUGAAGAACUGAUUGGACGUCUGGUGGCAGUGACUUGCCUCUGUUCUUUAGAUGAGAACAGAGAGAUCAGGCAGAUGGCGGCAGAAGUCCUGUGUGAGCUCCUGCCCAUCCUGCGCCGUGGAGAACAGAGGCUGAUGUAUACACCUUGGGGCAAGGACCUGGUAAAACGAGCUCUCUCUGCCCUGGGACCAACUAGAGAACCCAACCCUUCUUUCUUCAGCGGAAACUGCUACAACCUUGCAAUGGUCUUCGGUGGAUUCCUCUCCUCUGAGCAGCUCCUGGAGGUCAUGCAUUUCUUGGGAGGGGAUCUGACCACUGAAGGCUCAUUUGACCUCCUAAACAUAUUCCACCUGCUGCGCGAGGUCAUAAAGCAGUUCAGCGGCAAGUCAAUGUGGUUGGAGGAGCUUCUGGACCACUUGUUCAUCCGGCUGAAGGACAGAGUCCCACAUGGACAAGACGUAGCCUUGAUAGCCUUCCCCGUCUUGGCAGUAGAUCAUCUUGAGGAGGUGGUGCUAUACCUCCUCAAACACCCUUUCAGCAAGUGCCAGGAGUACUGGCAGGCAAUAUUCAAUGCUGCUGACCACAGCCAGAUGCUUGUUGAGGUGGCAAAAUGGAUGCCGGAGUGCAGCAGAGUUGCGACUCGUGCAGUCCGGGUCCUUUUCUUAUUCCUUAAGUCUAGUGACAAGCAAGCUGUGAAGGAGAGGUUUCCACACCUCUUACUUGCCCUGCUGCAACAGAUCUAUGAACGGCUGGAGGAGAAUCGGGGUGUGAUUGAGAGCCUGGAAACUCUGCACCUCCUCCUUAGGACUGUUGACAUAGAGGAGGAGAGUCUGAGGGAAUACCUGGACCACUUUGGCAGGCCAGAAGGCUUCAGCCACGGACUAUCCAUUUUGGUGAGCAUACUCAUCGCUAAAGGUUCGUGGUCAACCCCAGCCCUGGUACACUAUAUUGGUGAUAUUUUUGAAGGCAAACAAACAACUCGCCUGCCUGAAAUAGCACUGGACAUCUACCUUGAGGCAGAGUAA